AUGCUUUUUACCCCUAUUUACAUUGCAAUGACGUUCAUCAAGACCUGGCGUAUUCGAUCUUUUAGAGCCCGUCUUUUGGAAUUCUUAAGUGGGAAUACCAGUGUCGCAUUUUGUAAAGUACCGGAAAAUGCUGCUGAAACACCUACAUUAAGCUCAAAAUUGUGUACUAAUCCUAAGAAUGCACAUCUAUGUGAUCUAUUGGAUUACACAAAUGCAUCUAGGAUAUGUAGUAUGAAACCUACUCAAUGUAUUGAUAUUGGAGAUUGGGUUACAUGUGCUGGUGGCUUACCUUUGGGCACAUAUGAUUCAUCACCAGUCACAGAUGUUGAUAUUGAAGUGCUAUUUGAGUGUGAAAUGGAUCCACAUGAAGAGAGUUCAUUUUAUGAUAUUAUGUCACUGGAAUCAAUGGGCCAACCAAUUGCUUGGAAAGCUGGGUCUCAUUUGGCAAUUGUUUUGAAGACUAACAUGGAACAUCUCAGUAUUAUUGGUUUUCAAUUUGUUGGUGGGGAAUUCAUUAUUGAUCAUAAGCUACCAGUUGUGAGAAUACAAACUGUACAACUUUCGGGAGAACCAAAUAAAGCAACUGAUUUAUCAAUGAGAGGGCUCCGUAGUGAAAUUCAACAUAGCUUAAGAUUGACCCAUGAGGAAUUUCAAUGGCCUAUCCAUGCAUCAUUGCUCAGGAAACUAUCAAAAGUGGUUGAUAUUAAAUCAGAUAGAAGUAUAACUGUAAUGAAUGGAGGUAGUGAACAGGUUGAAACAUCUGUAGGUAGAAGGAAUGUUACUUUAACAGACGUAAGCACUAUAACAACAAAAUCUCUAUCAGCUGAUGACGAUGACUCUCCUGAAAAAGUAUCAGACCAGAAAGUAGAAAAAUCACCACAGAAAAUACCUGCUAAAACAGAUCUAAAUCAAUUAGAUGGUGGUAUAGUUGUUGAAAAUGUCACUGUCGAAAUACAACAUAAUAUACUACCAAAGAAAGCAAGCUUAAAGCUUGAUUUAAAAGAAGGAACUAGUCAAAUGUCAACAUCUCUCCUUAACAUAUCUAGUCAAAUUAAAUCAAUAACAACACAUAAGAGAAUUGUUAGUACAACAGGGCCUAAGAAAGCUCCUCAAGCAGAAUCAUGCUCCCAACAUAAGGAAGAGAUUCCUAAGAGCCCUUGUAUGUCGACACCAAAAUCUGUAAAGAGUUCCCGUCCACUAGUAAAUACAAAGUCUCCAAACGUUUUAAUAUACUCUGACAGUGUUGUUGCUAGGGAUAAUUUGGAAGCAUCCCUGAAGAAAGUUCUUGAUUGUGAUAGGUAUACAGUAUAUAGCGUGUCCCGCGAAGCCUUAUGUGGUGGGGCUUGGCGUGGGCGGGCGGCACUAGUCGCUGUUGCGGGAUGUGCUGGACGGGCGGCACCCUUACUACUUGCCCAUUUGUUAGAUGGGGGAAAAUUGUUAGCAAUAUGCUCCGACCUUCUGCAUACAGUUUUGCCGCAUUAUAAGACUGCUGAGGUACGAGAAAAUGAAGUGGUACAAUUUUCGUAUGACAAAUGGAAAGCCGUGAAAAUGAAACAUCAUAUUUUCUGCUAUCAAGCAUCGCCAGCAAAGAAACAAUUCUCUACUGAGAGCGAUAGACAGCCGUCCAAAUACACCGGUCAUCCGGGACAUGAGUUGGACGUGAAAGUUCUGGCUUCAGAGGAAACUUGGCGGACACCAUCCCUGUUGCAGGCCACAGAUCUUACUAAUCAUGGUGCCGCGAUUUUCUCGCAGAUUCACCUCGAGUCUGAUCCUGCUGACUACCUCGGUGAGGAAGGUAUUAAAAGUAAUGAAGCCAGAUUGGAAAUACUUCAUAAAAUUCUUGGAGAUAUACUGAGCCUCCAUGUGAAAGACCCCAAGGAACUUGUCAAAAUUGAAUACACUAGAGGAUUCUUCCUUGGAGAUCAUGUGCACAAAAUGUCCCUAGUUGAAGGUUGGUGUCCAUUGAAGGACGGCAAACGGGUGCAGAGUAUCGGUAACCUGAGUGUGCAGUGGUGUAUGCGGAACGAGAAGCCAAUGGACCAACCUUCGGAUAUUUUCCUACCUGUUUCUUUAUAUGAAUGCCCUGAAAAUUUCUCAACUGUUGAAUAUUUUGAUAACCUUACAUCUACAAACAUAGGCCGCGUGCUAAUAUACGCGGAUGUGUUAACGUCCACUCAACAUAUCAUCGAAGGCUCGUUAGGUCACGGCGUGGGUGCAGUUGCGAGGAGUCAAAGUUCUGGUCGAGGCCGAGGGGAUAAUAAGUGGAUAUCACCUAAUGGGCAGGCUGUCAUGUCACUACAGGUAUGGCAAAAAAUGAACCCUACAAUUCCCUUAAUACAACACGCGACUGCGCUCGCUCUGGUGCGAGCUAUACGCUCAGAACCGCCCUACCAAAACUUGGAUAUAAGAAUAAAAUGGCCGAAUGACAUUUACUAUGGACGGAACUUAAAGAUUGGCGGGGUCAUUACUACUGCGAAUUGUAUAGGGGAUGACGUCAUUAUUAAUAUAGGAACUGGCGUAAACAUAUCAAACAGUGUCCCAACGACAUGUGUAAACGAUAUGAUAAGCGAGUACAACACAAGAGAGGGCGCAUCACUAGCGCCGAUAUCAAUAGAGAAGUUCCUGGCCCGGUAUUGUUCGCAACUAGAAAUAAUUAUCGAUAAUCUUAUCUCCGAGAGGGGUGUCGAUAAUUUUCUUAAAGAAUAUUACGAGUAUUGGCUUCAUGACGGCGAAGAAAUCCGUAUACAAUCCGUGGAAGGCAGUCCUGUACCGGGGACGAUAUCCGGUUUGGACGAGUUCGGUUGGCUGAUAGUACGUACAGUGGAAGGCGAUGUGAGAGUGCAACCGGACGGAAACACAUUCGAUAUCAUGAGCGGCCUUAUUGCUCCUAAACUUUAG